GUCUUGUAGCACCUUCUAGCUAGAUUAGCCAAGCACCUGCCACCGGGUCUGAUGCAGCCCUCUGAUUCGCAGCGAUUCGCAGCCAUGGGGGUUCACCAUACUUUUGCUCAUGCUUCGCCAUUGCCCCUGAAGGUCAAUAGCUAACACGCAACACUCGUCUGCAUCGUCCCAGACACAUUUCCAUACUUACCUACCCGCAAUCCGUAGGUCCGCAGCAAUGGUGCAGAAUGCACUCCUCCCGAAGCCCCUCCCCGCCGACGCCCUCGUAGUCGGCCAACUGGUUACAGAGCCCCUACACCCAGAACGCGAAUCCUUCUACCCCGAUAAAGCGCACGCAGAAGUCGACGAUCUGAACGACUUCCACAUCCAGCUCCGCUACAAAGACCUCUACUCAGUCGACACCGAAGGCCGAUUCACGACCAACUAUGGCGCGAGGUUCGAUCUGGGAAAGAUAUACAGACAGCCCAAUCUGCUCACUGUCAAGGCUGAGCAGAUGAUACAACGGACCACGCAGUCAUCGUCAAGAGCUUUCCAAGCCGUCUGCAACGACCCCGAAGCACGCAUCUGGAUGGCCGAACAGAUCAGAGCGGGCAAGCCACUCUACAUUGUCCUCGGCCUCACUGAGCUCAAGAACGCAACGUUCAAGCGCGCCAAAUUGCGCGACGCAGGCGCCUCGAACCGCAUCAACGAGACGCCCAUCGAAAAGGACGCCAAAGUCCCCGGACCCCUCCGUGGCAGAGCGGAAGCCAGCUUGGGCGGAAUCGGCACCGAGCCAUCUAUAUCGGGUGUGUUUGGCAUGGAUGUACGCCGUGUUGCCGCGAGGCUCACGACGCCUGUGGAGCCACAUCGACUGGAGGAUAUUGACUACAGGUGGUACUACUACGACGUGCCAGGCUCGACGGACAAGGAACAGUUGAUGGUGGGGCUGGGAGCGCCGUUGAAGGCGAAUGAACUUCGUCUGAUGCUCGACCUCACAGAGGACGAUGUUCAGGGCAACCUUGAUGCUAUCAGCAAGCUCAGUCUGGACGCUUUGAGCGCUACGGCGAGCCCGAUGCUUAAGCCUAGUACGCCCAUGCUGAGAGGGCGCUCGCCUUCCCCGCAUCCUACUAUGCUACGCUCUUAGUGUCACGGAUCGACACGUUUCGAAGUAGCGAUUUGGGUUAUGGAUACGUAUGGUAGAUUCACGACGAGCGCUUUGAUAACACAUGAACGACCUUGUACGGCCUGACACAUCUCCGCUUCUUUCUUAUGUAGUAAUUAUGCAUCUGUUCAGUUUCCGUUCCAGACAAUCAAGAUGUCGUUUCCAUCGGAGACCUGAUUGCAGUCAUCACAAUCACCAGAGUUCAGAUUCAUAGCAGACGAGUUGGU